AUUUUCUAGAGCUAGGAUUUACUGGUGCUUUCAGAAGCUCCAUCCAGAAAAUCAAUUCAAUAGCAAGGCUGACAAAAAGACGUCUUCGAAAAAGACAACAUUGGAAACAACAACGCUGAAAAGGGAGGCAAUACGCUUUGAAAUAAACCAUCCCUCGAAGAAUUGAACCAAUUUUCUACGAUGGCUGCUCCCGUCGUGACCGUCGGCGAGACCAAAGAGCUACGAGGCCUCAACCUCAUCGCCGCGCAUUCGCACAUUAGAGGCCUGGGAGUAGAUGCCGACACAUUAGAGCCUCGCACGGCGUCGCAGGGCCUUGUCGGCCAGGAGAAGGCGCGGAAGGCGGCUGCGGUUAUACUUGAGAUGAUCAAGGUUGGCAAGAUUGCAGGAAGGGCAGUUCUCAUCGCUGGGCCACCAAGCACCGGCAAGACAGCCAUAGCAAUGGGCAUGGCGCAAUCGCUCGGCCCCGACGUGCCAUUCACAACGCUUGCCUCGUCGGAGAUAUUCUCGCUCGAGAUGUCCAAGACCGAAGCCCUAACGCAAGCCUUCCGCAAGUCGAUCGGCGUGCGCAUCAAGGAGGAGUCAGAGAUCAUGGAGGGCGAGGUCGUCGAGAUCCAGAUCGACCGCAGCGUAACGGGUGGUGCCAAGCAGGGCAAGCUUACAAUCAAGACAACCGACAUGGAGGCCGUCUACGACAUGGGCGCCAAGAUGAUCGAUGCCAUGACCAAGGAGCGUGUCAUGGCCGGCGACAUUAUCAGCAUUGACAAGGGCAGCGGCAAGAUCACCAAGCUCGGCCGAAGCUACGCCCGCAGCCGCGAUUACGACGCCAUGGGUGUUGACACGAAAUUCCUGCAGUGCCCUGACGGCGAACUACAAAAACGCAAGGAGGUCGUACACACGGUGACCCUCCACGAGAUCGACGUCAUCAACUCGCGAACCCAAGGCUUCCUCGCCCUCUUCAGCGGCGAUACGGGCGAGAUCCGCAGUGAAAUCCGCGACCAAAUCGACACCAAGGUCGGGGAGUGGAAAGAAGAAGGCAAAGCCGAGAUCGUGCCCGGCGUUCUCUUCAUCGACGAAGUACACAUGCUCGACAUCGAAUGCUUCAGCUACAUCAACCGCGCACUAGAAGUCGACCUCGCCCCCAUCGUAAUCAUGGCAAGCAACCGCGGGCACUCCAAGAUCCGAGGCACCGACUACCGGUCGCCCCACGGCCUCCCCCUCGACUUCCUCGACCGCGUCGUCAUCAUCCAGACGCAAACCUACUCCCCCGACGAGAUCCGACAAAUCCUCACCCUCCGCGCCACGGAAGAAGAAAUCGACGUAUCGGCCGACGCCCUCGCCCUCCUCACCAAAAUCGGUCAGGAAGCCGGGCUCCGGUACGCGAGCAACCUAAUCACGACCUCGCAACUCGUAUCCGCCAAGCGCAAGGCCAAGCAAGUAUCCGUCGACGACGUCCAGCGAAGCUUCAAGCUCUUCUACGACCCCGCGCGCUCCGUCACCUUCGUCAACCAAUCCGAGAAGCGACUCAUCGGGAACGACGGCGCCGUCGACUUCGUCGUAACCAACGGCAACGGCGACGCCAUGGAGAUAAGCUGAUUUCAGCGCGUUUGACGGGACUUGUUUAGUA